GCUACAUCUCUCUUUCCUAAGCCUGUCAGCUGGACUUCUCUAGUUUCAUGUAUGCAACUAUUAAAAAAAAAAAUCAGUCGAGCUUACUCAGCAGAUUAUAAAGAGCUAUUUACAAAAUGCAGAUAUCUUUCAGUCCACUCAGUGCUUUUCUAUUGAUGUGACUGAAGGUUUCAGCUGAUUUUUUCUUUCCCAGUACACCCAGGAGUUUUGCAGCAGGAGAAACAACCACCACGGGGAGUACAAUACUAACAAGAUAUACUCUGCACAGUCAAGUGAACAGCUACAAAAGGAAAGAAAACAUUGUAUUAGUAGUAAUUCUUCAGUUUCCCUCUGAUUUAGCUGAGUUAUACUUUCCUAUUUUUUAAUUUAGUACUCUUGGAAAAAUUGCUAUGUCAUGAUAUUGUUAUAUCUUGAUCCAUUAAAUCAAAUUAACCAAAACCUGUCAAUUAGGAAUCAGUAGGAUUUAGAAAAGGUUUAGACAUUCAUGUAGAUGGUAAGAAUAUCAACGGUUCCAUUGACCGGGAUAUAAUAAGGGAUCUAAACCCUUGUGGUGCAGAGUAUAAAUCAACCAAUAUAAACCUUAAGCGGGUUAGACAGCAAGUCAUAAGCAGGGUAAUUCUUGAUUGACCAUGAUGGGGUUUCUUGUACUGUCCUCUGAAUCAUGGGUCUUAUCCUAAGUCUCUUUUACAAAUCUUUUGUAUGUAGUCAUAUUCCUUCAGACCUGUGAGGCCGAGAUGAAAUAUAGAGUCACAAACCCAGCCCUCCGUUGUAGUUGGGAUUCCAAUAGCCGCUUCUAUAGAAGCCAGAGCUACAACCUUGAUCUCUGGCUGAAUGUCAGUGGGCAGCUGCUGCAGAGAGGAAAUCAGGAACUAAGCCAAAUCUCAGUUGCUCACCUCCAACCUUGAACGCAGACUGGACAUCAGCAGGCGGCCACAGAAGACAGCAAAUCAGCAACUAAGCCAAAUCCCCACCACUGCCCACUUCUAUUUAUAAAGGCUGGCUGCAUAGCUCUGUUCCCUGUCAGCUGCAGGUGACAGAUCAGUUGCCUAGAUGGCUCAAAACAGAAUACCAUGUAGUGACUCACAGAGGGAACUUAUCCUCUCUUACAGUAGAAAGGUUCCUAAAAGGAUGGCCUCCCUCAUGGAGAUAAAGGAAAUCUUCUGCAAUGCAGAUGCAGUGUGCUUUGAUGUGGAUAGUACAGUCAUCAAAGAAGAAGGCAUUGAUGAACUGGCAAAGUUCUGUGGAGUUGGGGAUGCUGUGGCAGAAAUGACCCGCAGAGCAAUGGGAGGUUCUGUGACAUUCAAAGCUGCUUUAACAGCACGACUAGGACUUAUACGCCCUUCUUGGGAACAAGUACAAAAAUUAAUAUCGGAUCAUCCACCCCACCUAACACCAGGAAUAAGGGAGCUGGUAAGCUGUCUUCAUCAGCGAGGUGUCCAGGUUUUCUUAAUAUCCGGAGGGUUCCAGAGCAUUGUCGAGCAUGUUGCUUCGCAGUUAAACAUCCCAACAGCAAAUGUGUUUGCCAAUAGGCUGAAGUUUUACUUUAAUGGAGAAUAUGCAGGGUUUGAUGAGACACAACCAACAGCUGAAUCAGGCGGGAAAGGAAAGGUUAUUGCUCAUCUGAAGGAACAGUUUAACUUUAAGAAUGUAGUUAUGAUUGGAGACGGAGCGACAGAUAUGGAAGCGUGUCCCCCUGCUGAUUGUUUCAUUGGAUUUGGAGGAAAUGUAAUCAGGAAACAAGUAAAGGAGAAAGCCAAAUGGUAUAUCACUCACUUUAAUGAACUGCUUAAAGAACUGGAAGAGCGAUAAGUUAUGCACUAAACUAGUAUAUUUUAUUAACAGUAUUGUAGAUUGAUAUAAACUAUACAAUUAAACAUAUUUUUGUUUGCAAAA